AUGCCUACUUUCCUAGUCACUGCUGCGACUGGCCGCCAAGGACAAUCGACCGCACAGAUCCUUCUGGCGAGCGGGGCCCAAAUCAAUGCACUCGUCCGCGAUCCCACCGCUCCCCAGUCGGUUGCCCUGCAGAAGCUUGGUGCCCGUCUUUUCAAAGGCUCUUUGAAAGAUGCUGCCGCAGUCGCAGCCGCAACCGAAGGCGUCUCUGCUGUCUUCCUGAACACAUUUCCCGACUUCGAAAACCCGUUGGGCGAGCUGCCGCAAGCGGAAAACGCUAUUGCUGCUGCAAAGGCCGCGGGCACAGUCCAGUCCAUCGUUGCCUCAACUGUCGUUGGGGCCAAUGAUGUGGACGACUGGACGACCAUCGCGGGGGAGUUCCCGUUUCUGGCGCGCUACUACACGAGCAAGUCGUCUGUCGAGCGGGCGGUCCGUGACUCUGGCUUCCAGUAUACAAUCCUUCGCCCAGGGAUGCUUUUCCACAACUUCAUCGGCGACGCGGUCCGGUUUUCAUUCCCCGACUACCCUAAGGAGCGCGUGUUGACGGUCAGCUAUCCGGCAGAGUAUCGCCUGCAGCAGUUCGACGCGGCGGACGUUGGCCAGGUUGCUGCCAAGGCGUUGCUGGACCCGCGGGGCUUCGCUGGUCGCGAGAUCGACUUGCAUCACGAGCCGUUGACGUUUAAAGAGAUAGCGCAAAGGUUGUCAGCAGCGGCUGGUACAGAAAUCAAGGUCAGGUAUCGCUCGGAGGAAGAGACGAGGGAGGCGACCAAGACACUUCCGGCGCUCGAAGUGCAGGUUUGGUGGCCAAGGAGCAAUAAGAGCGACACGACAGAGUUGCAGAAGCUGGGGCUGCGGUUGACCACAUUUGAAGAGUUUUUGGAAAGAGAGAAAGUGGCUCUUCGAAAGACGUUGAACUUGGAAUAA